AUGAGACCAUACCAAGCAGCAUGCAUCGUAGUGGCCGCUCUGCUGCUGCUAGAACCUGCCAGCAUUGAGGCCAAGCGCCGCAAGCAUAAGGGCGACGAUCACGGCGAUUCGCACAAAACCAAGACAAAGACAAAGUGGUCCAGCUCAACGGAUUUGGGUGGUGGUGCCAAUGCCCAAGUUUCCACCGAGGAGCAUGGCUACUAUGUGAAACGCACGUACACGCCCCUAACAGGCGCCGAUGGCAAGCGCAAGAGUCCGCCCUAUCUGGGCAUACCUAUUGCCUGGUUCAGUAGUGACGCAAACAAGAACAAGGACUGUCAGCAGAUCAGCAAUUCGGGCGCCAUCAACAGUGCUGCCCACGCGCUCAGCGAGGGCUACCUGUGUGACGAUGACUGCGAGGACGCCUAUGAGCCCAUCUGUGGCCAAACAACCAACGAGGUGGCCGUUUUCUACAACAAGUGCAAGCUGAAUGUGGCCAAGUGUCGCACGCAUGGACUGUGGACGGAGCUGCCCUAUCAGCAGUGCCAACAAACGUAUCCCAGGGAAACGGCCUAUACCGACAAGAAGUUCAAAUGUUCGCCCUUUUUCCGAGCCAAUUCCACAGCUGCCACGCCCGCAGUAUUUGCUGAGCCCGAAAACGACAAGGAGAGCAAGGAAAGCAAUGAAAGCAGCGAGGAGCAAAAGGAUCAUGACAAAAAAGAGAACCAGGCCAAGCCUGUUAAAGAGGAGACCAUUUCGAUGCCCCUGCAAGUGCUUGGAAAACCCGUGCAAAGCGUAGUGCCAGUGCCAGAGCCUGUUGAAAGCAUCGCCAUGCCCCCGUUGCCAGUCAAAGCAGCUGUAACACAAGCUUUCCCAGCCGAAGAACCACUAACAGUUGGAGUCGCUCAAAUUACAGGUUCUUUGCCCGAAGCCUUAGCUUCGACUGUGGUCCGGGGUGAGAAAACCUCGGAGCAGGCCGAACCUAAGUCUGAUAAGGAUAAACUUAAAUAUGUGGUAUCUUAA